CCGCCUCGUGGAUAUAACGUUAGCUCUGCCAGGCUAGCUAGCUAGUAAAGUAAAAUCAGAAGUUGUUGCUAGCUGGCCAAUGUAACAUCCGUCGACAGCUGUAUUUCCUUAAAUAGCAGCUUUCUUUUUUGGUAACUGCUUAAAACAAUUCAUAACCUAACUUCAAAAUGGUUAUUGACGACGACACCAAUCUGCUUAAUAUCCUGAAGGGAAAACGGGUCAAACUGAUCCUCAGGAACUCAUUUUACCUCGGCAUCGUGGAACGCAUAAACGCCAACAAAACGUUGAUUUUGGCCGACGUUUGUGGCAGUAAUGGCUGUAAACUCCCUGGCUCUAAAAUGUUCUUCGGCCGUGAGAUUCUGAAUGUGGAAUUGACCAAUGGAGCCAACACUGGCAGCAGCAAUGUCUGUGAGUCCAGCCUUGAAGAGCAUUUGAAUGUGAAAAAGUUUCAACCAUACAGGAAGACAAUCACAUUGGAUGAUGAAGAGGAGUUUAUAAACUUUGUCGUCAUAGAUGAGUUUCAAGAAAAGUUUGUGUCUGCUGUGAUGGACAUCAAGAAGCAGCGUGUGAUAGGUGUGGGAGCUGAUGGAGUCGAGGUAUUUGACCACGGGAGACUGUGUUGGCUGCAGAUUGCCACUAAACACAAGGUGUACCUAUUCGAUAUCUUGUUACUUGGACCUCGGGCCUUUAAGAACGGUCUUUCCAUGAUCCUGGAAAAUAAGCACAUGCUGAAGGUCAUUCAUGAUUGCAGAGCCCUUGCUGGAUGUCUGAUUACUCAGUUUGGGGUAAAGCUGACCAACGUAUUUGAUACGCAGGUAGCAGAUGUCAUGUGCUUCUACUCCAACACUGGAGGUCUUCUCCCGGACAGAGUCAGCACUCUGCAGCAGGUGGUUAGUCUCCACCUGAAGGUGCCGUCCUCCCAGCUCCUGUCCCUUCAGAUGAAGUCACAGCUCACAAAGGAAGAAAGGGAGAUGUGGUACAAGCGGCCCUGUCCUGUUCCCCUGCUGAAGGUCAUGGCUCUGUCAGCGAUCCACCUCCAGCCUCUCAGACUGGUGCUGCUGGAUACUCUCAUGACGGACUACAUUACCCUGGUGGAUUCAUACCUGUGCAGCAGCCAAUAUGAACCUGGUGAAAUGGAGCAUGUCAGCAUGGAGAGUGUGUUGGAGCUGCCUAGAGAGCUCAGACAGCUAGAGCAAAUGCGUAUCGAGCGACAGAAGUGGGCUGCCGACCGUUUCCCCGCCACAGAGCAAGGACUGCUGGCUCGCUUCAAACCUCGGGCUCAGUCUCCAUCCCAGACCUCCCCUGCAGCGGAGGAGCACGGGCACAGACAGGCAGAGUCCUUUGAACCUGCAGCUGAUGAGUCACCUCCACAAGCUGAUCCUCCCCUUCACGAGCCACCAAAGAGCCCUCCGAGAGUCGCCAGUGUUUCCCCUGACACAGCACCUCAGGCUCCAGUCCCAGACCUCAGGAAACAAAUGUCUGUCAACAGUCCCCUGUCUCUCGGUGUAAGCAGAGGGUGCAUAGAGAGGCCCAUGGACACAAUGGGUAGAGGAAUGACCUUUGGGAAGGAGCAGUCAUCCAUCCCGGCCUUACCUGCCAUGGGAAGGGGCUUCCUCCUCCAAAUCUCACAAGAUCAAGUUCCAUGUGUGUCGUUUCCUAAAGGGACCAGUAGAUGGCAGUAAAUAUUCGUUUCCGAGGUUUGUCUGAUGCCAGGUGAUUUGUUUGAUUGCCAAGCGCUCUAAAAUGUUCAAAAAAAAUGUGAUGCAUUGUGAAAAGUCUUUUGAAAAAAAGGCACUAAUAUUUAGUUGUUUGGAAGUUGCUUGCCAGUUCAUUCAAACAUGUUUGUAUUGUUUGUGACAGAACGUAAGCCUGUCUGUUGUGUUUCCUUUAGCAUUUAGCCCCUAAAUCCUUCUCAGUUUAUUUUUGAAUGAGUGAUAAUUGAUUGCAUUCUUGACUUUAACAUCUAAAAAACAUGUACAAGUCAAGUGUUUUAUUAUUGUUUAUUUAAAAAAAAUGGUAGCCUUGGCUUUUGUAACAAAAACUACAACCAAAAACGGCUCCCCAUGCCCAUUAAACCA